UGGACGUGUUUCCCUGUUAGCUCCUCAGAAGAUACCGAUAUUUCCCAGUGGAAGAAAGUUGUUUGUGUUGGCACGUAUCAUUCGUGAGUUGGAAAAGUUCUUUGUUUUCAUUCUUGACGUCGGGUGGAAAUCGUGAGCCGCGUGCCGUGUCGCUGAUCAUUCCGUCACCGGGUGACGGGUGUUGGGUUUUUUCCCCAAUCAGUAGUGAAGAACAAGGAUUAUUUGUGCGGAAAGGAAAAGCUUCCCAGUGACGGCGGGUGGGAGAAACUUCCACACCGGUCGGGUUUUCAAGUGACAUUGACUGAUUUUAUAAACUGAGUGAGAAGACUGAUUUUCUUUCGUGGAAAAAAAAAGUGAGCAAAAUGGCAGUCGCGUUCUACAUUCCCUCGGUGGACGAGGAUGAACCGGUGAAGCCUAAUCAGGCCUAUCACCAUCAGCAACAGCAACAGCAACAGCAGCAGCAGCAACAGUCGGCAGCGAGUCCGAACGUGUCGCAACAGGUCUGCUCAGCGGUGGACGAGUACCAAAGGCAACAGCACCUGAUGCUGCUGUUUCACGAGAUUUUGGUCGCCUACGCGAGGGAAGCCAUGCUCGCGCAACAGACGAAAGACUCCCCCGAGCCCUGUCUAUUAUGUAAAAAACUGUACUACCUAUUCCGGCGAAUCUACUGACACCAUCAUGACCAGACUGCCGCCUCCGAUAAAAGCAGCAGCAGCAACAUCGAUAACAUUAGCCAAAAACGUGCCAGGACUACGGAUACAACUACUACUACUAUAACUACUACUACUACUUCUACUACUACUACCACUAGGAAUAAGCGAGAGCCCUUGGGCCAAGGGCGAAAGUGGCGGUGGCUACGGCGCACGAGAGAAACUAGGUCAAGGACUAGUGAUGGUGCUUUCACUACUACUACUGCUACAACUGCCGACGCCACUGUCUCCGCCAGCGACGGCACUGCUAGCUGUAAGCGUCGCCGUCGCAAAUGGAGCGAGUUGUGAAUUUUUGGUGCUAUAUACAAAACGCGGCAAGAGAACAGAUUGUGCAAAAAUGAUUCAUCCCCUCUCACUCGCUUGCGUGCUCUCUCCGCUCGAGGAAGUCGACGGCGGAGUGAGUCGUGUUGAAUCGUGUCUCUCUUGUGGCGAAUAUCGUGUUUGGUUUUGGUCGGGCGGGGUCCGAGUUCUUUGCUGAAUUCGGAUCCGGGUUCGAACUGGACGAAGGCUGUUAAGGAUGGUUUCGUAUUUAAGCAGCACACGAAUACACAAAAAUUAGUCGUGUUGGUUGUUAACAAUUGUUUUUUGGUGAAAAUUUUUUGGAGCAUCUAAGCAAAACUACGAGCAAUUCUACAAGAAGAAGAAGAAGAAGAAGAAAACAUCUGUACAUAAAAAAGCAGUUAUUCUCCGCCCCCCUCUUGUAUCGAUAUACACGUGUAAGUUCAUCGGAAUAGCUGUGAAAAACCAAAGCAUCUGAUCAAAAGACAAACAAAUGACAAAAGUACGGUUUUUUCCCCAUUUUUAAAAACCCUAGCUCGUAAGUUGGUAGGAUAUUUUUCCCUAUCUAUUUCGAAUCUUGUCGCGACAAGAGCAGAACGCUAUUUAUAUACUUAUUCCAAUACAUAAAACCGAUUAUUAAGUUAACUGGUAGACGAAGCUGUUAGAUUUCUAAGCAAAACGAAACAAAAGCAUAUUGUGACCCUAGCUCUGUAAGGCCGAAUCGAAACGAAACACUGAACAAAGAAAAGCGCAUUGUGAUAUCAGGACUUCUUUUUUCUUAAUUUUUAAAUGUGAAAUAUUUCUAUACACAGGAAGCAUGCAUACAAAGAGAGAACGACGGUGAAUCGAAUCGAUUUAAAAUCAGACACAAAAGACAACUGUAGAAAUGAACUGGAACGCUGGUUAUAGAGAUACUGUAAAUAUUUAUUUUAAAAAUUGACAAAAAAGAGUUACAAACAUACAAAACAAAUGGAAAAUGACAACCCGAAUAUUGAUCGUGUCUAGGCAUAGGGUUAGUUUUCUGAAGUAUUUUCUGCUUUUUUACUUAUAUAUUGAAAUGAAUUUAGUAGACACUACCGGUAGCGUAUUAGUACAAUAAGAUUUGUAGGUUUAAGGCAUAUUAAACGAAGAAAAAUACAAAAAAGUCAACAAUCAAUUUCAAUUCCUAUAAAUAUAGAUUCUAACCUAUCGAAUUAAGGAUUUGUGCUAUGUAGAUGGUAAUUCAAUCAAAAGCGGAUAAGGACGAUCGUUUGUAUAUGAUUCGAAAAUUUGAUAGGCAAGCUUCGCGCACUCGAAACUGAAGAAGUUUUGUCAUUUUGUUAGACCAAAAAAAAACACUUAAUUGUGGAAAAUUUUCCGACAAAUGUCUGAACGCAACUGUACUGUAUUAGUUUAAUUUCAUUAUCCUUAGUUUACCAUUGAAUGUAGUUUUUAGUUGUUGCUCUUGGAUGAAAGGGAUGAAAUGAAAUGAUGGUUUUUUGAAUAAAUCAAAACGAGAAUGGUUUCGAUAAAAUAA